AUGGUCAGUAAGAGAGCUGGAGGUCAUAUGAUUAAGAGCUACCUGUUCAAACUUCUCAGACACUCUGCUACUCUCAUGAUAGCUAAGAUGAUUCCUGAGCCAGUACUGGAUGAUGAUGAUAUGAAUAUGAGUGAGAAUUUGGGAAAAGAGUGA